UUUAAAGUUAGACGGGCCCAAAAAUUCACGAUAUGUUACCCUCCGCUGGUUUCUUUUAUUAUGUCUGGUACUUUGGCGAUGAUUCCACCAUGUUAGUCAUUGUGUACAAAAGUCAAAACCUGCUCGGCGGUAAGGAGGGUUACCCAAAUAAGCUGAUAAAAUGCUUGGUUUGCUUGCCCCUCACACACCUUUCUCAAAUCAACUAGAAAGCUCUACAAUGACGUACCCAUUCUCUCACGCGUCCACGUGUAAAGUGGCCACACUGUCUCGCUGCUUAUGCAUAUGUUCGUCGUUCCUCUAGAUUUAGCUUGAUCAGUCGACGGUCUGAAAAGAGAAGGAAAAAUAAAAUAAAAUAAGGUAAACUAAUCGGCGUUGAUGGGCUUCGUGGACCUCUGUUACCGGGAACGCCGCCACAGAAAGCUCAAGCAGUUCCAGAGGGUGGAGAUAAAAGUGAAGAUGGACUGCGAAGGGUGCGAGAGACGGGUGAGGAAGUCGGUGCAAGGCAUGAAAGGAGUUACCAAAGUCACGGUCGAUCCUAAACAGAGCAAACUAACGGUCGAGGGAUUCGUCCAACCCAACAAAGUGGUGCGACGGGUGAUGCAUCGGACGGGGAAGAAGGCGGAGUUGUGGCCGUACGUGCCUUACGAGGUGGUGCCACACCCUUACGCACCUGGUGCCUACGACAAGAAGGCCCCUCCUGGCUAUGUUCGCAAUGCACUCGCCGACCCUCUUGUGGCCCCGCUUGCUCGUGCCAGCUCCUUCGAGGUCAAAUACACCUCUGCCUUCAGUGAUGACAAUCCCAACGCUUGCACCAUCAUGUGAUCAUUUACACGACCAUCAUGUCUUUCUUUUUUUUUUUGUGCGUGUAAUUUACAUUGUUUUUAAGUAUCACAAGUCGGUUUAACGGGUAUAUAUGUGUGUCAAUAAACCAAUUCCACU